UCAACGCGUAAAACUCAAAUCUAACAAAAUGAAAUUCGUCAUUGUCUUCGUUGCUCUCUUCGCCGUCGCCUUCGCCGCCCCAGCUGAUUCCGAUGCGCAAGUCCUGCGCUUCGACUCCGACGUGCAAGCCGAUGGAUUCAAAUACGCUUAUGAGACCAGCAACGGUAUUGUGGAAAACGCUGAUGCUGUCCUGAACAACGUUGGAAGCGAAAACGAGGCUAUUGCUGUCCGUGGCUCUUACUCCUUCGUUGCUGAUGAUGGUCAAACCUACACCGUCAACUACAUCGCCGAUGAGAACGGUUUCCAACCACAAGGUGCUCAUUUGCCCGUCGCCCCAGUUGCUUAAGAUGCUAAAUAUUUGACUGCAAUCCGAAC